AUGGACGCUGACGCCAAACCCACCACAAAGCGUGUCUCGUAUGUUCUGCCGCCAUGUCGCUCUCCACCAACUACGUUCGGACUACCUCCCUUAGGCGCUGAUCGCAAAUGUAGCACCGGUCCACUCCUCACACCGCCCACGCUCCGCCCCUACAAUGGUGGCACGGCAUCUUCGUCCUCUUCGCUGCCCUCGCUCUCUUCUGCUUCGGCAUCAAGUAGAUCGACACAGUCGAAUGCUCCACUCGCAUCGCACCCGCAGCACUCGUUGGCCGUCUCUUCUCUCGCGAUAGAUACCAUCACAUGCAUUGCCGGAGCAGUCGACGAUGACGACCAUGAUCUCGACGGCGAUAUGGACCGACACCAUGACAGCGAACACAGCUACGUUGCCAAACAUGACCGCGAGGCAGUCCCUCCAGGCAUCCUCUACACCGGUGGUCGCGACGGUCUCGUUGGUGCCUGGGAACUGGGACUGCCGAUGCGAAAGAGGAGCGUGCAGACGUUCAACGAUCAUGACGAUUUCGGAGCCUCGCCCUCGCCUCAUCUCCAACACAGCGAGUCCAUUGGUCUGCUUGCGGACACCUCCGCCUUACCUUCUGGCGCGGACAUCGAUGCACUCACCUACUGGCAAGCGGACCCAUUACGCGCCCAUCGAGCCAAAUCGACCCAUUUCCGCCAAUGUGUCCAGUCGCACACCGACUGGAUCAAUGACAUUAUCCUUUGCAACCAGAACCAGACCCUCAUUUCGGCCUCUUCGGAUCGUACCGUCAAGGUCUGGAACCCCCACGAUCCGCAGCACAGCCUCAGCCCGCAUGUGCUUGGCACUCACAAGGACUACGUCAAGGCGCUCGCACACGCAUCCGAGUCUGGCUAUGUCGCCAGUGGUGGCUUCGACAAGUGCAUCAAGCUGUGGGACAUUCGUGAAGCCAGGGCAGCGCCCAUGCUCGAGCUCGACGACAAGGCUGUCAAGACGUCGGUCUACGCCCUCAGCGUCAAUCCGAGCGGUUCCGUCAUUGCUGCUGGCUCACCCGAGCAGCACGUCAAGGUCUGGGACCCACGCAGCGGCAAAAAGUGCGCAGAGCUCGUCGGUCACACGGACAAUGUGCGUGCAGUGCUGGUCAGCGAAGAUGGCCGCUUCCUUCUAUCCGGCUCGGCAGACUCCACGGUACGCCUGUGGUCAUUGGGCGAGCAGCGAUGUCUGCAUACGUUUACGCACCACGACGACUCGGUCUGGUCGCUCUUCUCCGACCAUCCCACGCUCGAUGUAUUCUACUCGGGAGAUCGUCAAGGAUAUGUUUGCAAGGUGGACUGGGAGCGUUGCGCAGAAGUCUCAGAAGGCGAGUGCGUCGUGCUUUGUCAAGAGCGCGAUCCGGCAAUGGAAGAUCAAGAGCAGGAUGAGGACGACGAGGUGUCGCACCAUCAGCCCGACUUGCACAGGCGUGAUGCAAAGUCCGGCAUUCAGAAGAUUGUGGCACUCGACGACACUUACUUCUGGACCGCGACAGGCCAGACCAGCGUCAGCCGUUGGAGAGACGUGCCGCGUCGCUCAGAGCGAGAAGCGAUCUACCCUAUCGGCGGCACGCACUCACGAUCGCGCGAAUUUGCUCAUCGUAAUUCGUUUGGCAGCCCCACUUCGCAUCGACACAGCACUGAGACCGGUCGAUCGCCAGACUCUACCCUUCUCUUGCCUUCGCCCUCGGUCAAGUUUGCCGAGCCAUCGCCCGCACUGCUCCGUCGCGACUCUCCUGCACAUAACAUGGGUGAUGCUGCUGCUGCGGCUACAUCAUCUGCUUCCAUGCUCUCAGCGCUUCAAACAGGAAUGGGUUUGCCGCCAGCGAACGUACCUCUCGCAGCAACUCUCCAUGGCAUUCCGUUCGAUAGCCUGGUCAGUCUGGCGCCCGUCAGCGACCCAUAUGGCGACAAGAUUGGCCUCGGGAGUGUCAGUGUGCGCGAUCCACGCGGUCACGCCGACGAAUCCAUGUUCAGCAUGGCCCCUUUGCGCUCCAUUGCCAGUCGCAUGUCGAUGGACCAAAACAGCAUCAUGAUGCCUUCCGCGGCUGCUCGGUCGCCUGUCGUCUCGCCCUUGAACCCACACCUAGCUCAGGUUCAGGCCAUGGACAUGCCGCACCGUCCUGCCAGCACGCGCUCCGGCAGUCUCCGUUUUGCGCCAACAGAUCAGAUGUACGAGCCAGAGGGUCUAGGCAAGUCGUGGGAGAGCGAAUCCGACGCCGAUGCCUCUACAGCGGCAAAGCACUUGGCCGAGAUGCGCCUGAAUGUCGUGGGCCAGGACGAAGGGGGUGCUGUCAAUGCGGGGCAUGCAGAUGACGAAGACGACCUUGCCUACCAGGCGAGACUUGCUUUCGAGGACCGCGAGCUGGCGCAAGAGGCGACGCCGCUGCGAUCCAAGCCAGAUGCUGUGAUUCGGGGCGCGCAUGGUCUGGUCCGCUUGUCGAUGCUGAAUGACCGUCGUCACGUCAUCACUAUCGAUAGCACCGGCUCGGUCAUGCUGUGGGACAUUGUCAAAGGCGUCUGCAUCGGUGACUUUGAUCGCGACGAAGUCGAAAAGGCUGCGCUCGAGUCCAGCCUCAUACCCUACACGUUCAUGCGCAAGUGGCGGCCGGAGCAGACGCCGGGCGAUACGCUAGAGGUGGUCAAGGAGCGCAUCGAGGGGCAAGGUGUCACUCCUCUCUGGUGCUCUGCGGAGACGAGAGGUGGCGCCUUGACUGUUCACAUCGAAGAGCCUCGCUGCUUCGAGGCCGAGUUCUACAUCGACGAAUUCCUCGACUGCGUCGAUAGCGCUAGCUUCAAGGAGGAUCAGCGUGGUCAAGUAGCUCGCUGGCUGUUGCGGAACCUGUUUGCUGGCUUUGUCGAAGCUGAAUGCCAGCUGCGUCCUGCUUCGAUGAAUCGGGAGUCAAGUCAUCUGCCUCCGGAGACGCCAGCGUGGGACAAGAUUGCACGCGCUCAGAGGAACGGGCCGUUCACACCUGGCAUGACGAUGGGCCUAGCCACGCCGGCCAAGACUCCGGCACUGACGUCAUCGGCUUCAAACCCGCUCUACUUGGGCUCCGCGCAGAAGAAUGGGGCCAGCGGCGAUCGCACGGCGCUCCCAACCUCGACGACGGUGUUGGGAGACUCGGGUCAGUCUGCUGGUGAUUACUUUUCUGCAAGGGGGUCAACGCCUGCUUCGGGUAACAGUAAAGUACCGCAGACCCCCGGAGCAAGAGCGAGGGAAGGGUCGUCGGCAGGUGGAGACGAGAUCAAUGGCAACGUCGUCACUCCAGGCGUCAACGCAGGCAACGGCACAGGAGGUGGAAGUGGGUUCAUGAACAAGUUCCGAUUCGGUAAGAAUAAGACGGACAAGGCGGAUGCACAGGCAGAUACGCUAGACGAUGCUGCCAAGAAAGCACGCGACGCUGCCGCUGCAGCGAACGGGUCGAAUGGCAACGAUGCAUCUUCGAAGGUGUUGACGCACGUGCAGAUGCUGGAGGAGCUGUUCGGCAAACCUUUGGCGCCAGCAUCCCUGGACGAGAUGCCGAGACUGCCUCUGCCACAGGACACUGCGGUGAUCAUAUCCCAAUCGUCAGCCGACGCAGGCUCGUGGGAAGCCGUCUAUCGCGGUCUUGUCAGCUGCACCGGCGACGACACGGAAGUGCUCGAGCAGACGGCGCCGUUCUGGCUGCUCGACUGCCUGCUCAACAACCACGUCAAUGCACGAGAUCCGGUCAAGCUGAGCUUCACCCUGUCUCCGUGGAAGCCUGCCGAUACGCAGUCGGACGGGUUCGGCGGAUACGAUCUGAACACGGUGCAGCCGAUGCCGGAGCUGCCGACGGGGAAUGCGAGGUUGACGGCGACGCGAUGCUUGCGGAUCAAGAAGGCGUGUUUCUACGUGUCGGAGAAGCUGGAGCUGUCGGCCCCGCGGUCGAGGACUGCGAGCAUCAAUGCUAGUAGGAGGUCAUCAGUUGAUGCGGGUGCGGCUGGGGCGAAGCGUGGGCUAGCUUCGCCGGUUGUAGGGAGUGCGGGUGCGCAGUCGGGGCAGCACGGAUCGGCAGGAUUCGCCGCCGGGCUGAGUAUGACCAGAGCAGACGCGGGGCAAUCAGGAGAGCAGGAUGCGAAGGCGCAGGAUUCGUUCGAACCGAUGCUGGCGCCGCACGAAGUGAUCGAGAUCCUGUGCAACGAUGCGGUGUUGCCGGUCGAUGUAACGCUGGCGCAGUGCCAGAGGUUCUUUUGGCGGACGGGUGGGGAUAUCAAGUUGGAGUACAGGAUGAAGAAGCUUUCUUGA